AUGAGGGUUUUGAGCCGCGGAGUCCUUCGGUGGGCUGGAUGGAGCUCAUCGCAACCCAAAUGGACCGGGAUCUGUUUCCAGAGGAGGAGGGAGGCCACCGUCGCCUCCACUGCGGCUGGAGCACCACGUCUCAAAACUUUCCAAGACUUGCCAGGUGUCGGGUUCUGGAGCUUCGUGUACUGGUUCCUGCUCAGGGGCUAUAUUCUGCAUAUGCAUGAGUUGCAGGUAAUAUAUAAGAAGCUAUAUGGACCCAUGUGGAAAUUUGCCGUAGGCAGAGAGAAAUCUGUUAGCAUUGCUUCCCCUGAGAUCCUGGAGAAGAUGAUGCGACAGGAGGGGAAAUACCCUAUGAGGUGUGACAUGACUGAGUGGAAGGAGCAUCGGCACUUGAGAGGUCUAGCAUAUGGGCCUCUGACAGAGGAAGGGGAACGCUGGUAUCACUUACGCCAGGUGCUGAACAAGAGGAUGCUGAAACCUUCAGAGGCUGUGUUGUAUGCAGAUGCCAUCAAUGAAGUGGUCUCUGACCUGUUGGUGCACCUGGAGAACGAGAGGGAGAAGAGUCCUUGUGGGGUGGUAGUCCAGAAUGUUGCCAACCAGCUCUAUCGAUUUGCCCUGGAAGGCAUUUCAUACAUUCUCUUUGAGACCCGCAUUGGCUGCCUGCAAAAGCAGAUACCUGCAAAAACCCAGGAUUUCAUAAAUUCUAUUGGCCUCAUGUUUAAGAAUUUUGUUUUUGUCAAUGCUUUGCCCAAGUGGACCCGGGAGGUGUUGCCUUUCUGGAACAGCUAUCUGGAGAGCUGGGAUACCAUCUUUGCUUUUGGGCAAAAAUUAAUUGACAAACGAAUGGAGGAAAUCACAGCUCAGCUAGAAAAAGGAGAAAAGCCUAAAGGUGAAUAUCUAACCUACUUGCUGUCAAGUGGGAAAGUAACCAUCAAGGAAGUGUCUGGAAGUGUGGCUGAGUUACUCAUGGCUGGCGUAGACACAACAUCCAACACAUUAGCCUGGACUCUCUACCAUCUUGCUAAGGACCCUGAGAUUCAGGGUGCCUUAUUCCAAGAAGUUGUCCGUGUGGUACCCAAAGAGCAGAUCCCCACUACUGAAGAUCUGGGCAGGAUGCCCUUGCUGAAGGCUGUCAUCAAGGAAACACUGAGGCUGUACCCUGUGGUGCCUAUCAAUUCCCGAGUGGCAGUGAAGGAUGUCGUCAUAGAAGGUUACCAUUUCCCCAAAGGGACAUUGUUCUCUUUCUGUCAUUUUGCACUUUCUCGUAAUGAGGCCAACUUCCCAGAGCCCAACAAAUUUGUGCCACAGCGCUGGCUGCGAGAGGAGCACACUUCAGCCCGCCACCCCUUCAGCUCCAUCCCCUUCGGCUAUGGGGUCCGGGGCUGUGUGGGACGUCGCAUUGCUGAAUUAGAGAUGCAUUUGGCUCUCACCAGGAUCAUCCAGAAAUAUGAAAUAAGACCCGACCCCCAAGGAGGUGACGUUAAACCCUUAGCCCGUGUAGUUUUGGUGGCAGACAGACCCAUCAACCUUCAGUUCCUGGACAGACAGACAGAUGAUUCUUCACAUGCCUUUGGAUAGACAGCAGAAAAGGUCUCUCCUACAGCCAAAAGGUGUGCAGAUUCUAUUCCCAAUCUAGUGACUUUCUUCCUCAAAUUUUUUAACCCUGGAAGCAUCUUUUUACAAAUGAUGUAUAGCCAUGCUGAGAGCUUUGAGGGGGAAACAAAAGGACAGGAUAUCUGUUUUAAAAUAAAUGACAU